GUUUCGGCAACUCGACUCUCAAAUCUCCAGUUCCUGGCUCCUUCGUCUUCUCCUCUUCCUCUUCUCCCACACGGCCGCACCUAGGGUUUCGUACCCCCUCCCCUCGUCCAGGCCUCCACCACCCGGACCACCGCCGGGCGGCGCGCGGCGGCCAGCCCCUCCCCGCCGCCUGAGACUUCUCCACUAUCAGCAGUCUCAAUUGCCUCAUCGUUCGCUCCUCGGCAGCCCAGGUCGUUGCCUGCGUACCUACGAGCCGGGGGCCGACGUCGAUCUAUCGGUCGUACAGCCAGCCGGAGGCGGUGGUAGGCCGGUGACGAAGAAGGGGCGGUCUCUUAUUGUCCUACGGCUCCUGCCAUUCGUCGGGGAGGCUGUGCUCCACUGCUUGUCUGCACCGGACCACUUCCCGCUGCCUGAGGUGCUUCCAUAUCUACCACAGAAGUGGAGAGGGGAGGUGCCGGUGCCGCAUGGUACCUUUGAUGUCCGAUCUGCACCUUCCUCGGAUAGAUGCAGCAAGCAUAUGGAUGAUUGGCCCAACAGCGAAGAGCAAGCAACAUUGCUGAGUUUGCGCCAAAGGUGUUAUUUUGGUACUGCAGGAUUUAUAAGUGAAGUUGCUGAAGAAGCGGUUUUAAAGCUGUCUGCUGCUAUUUCUUCGAUGGCAACCAACGAGAACCUCCCACCAAAUGUGAUCAGGCAAUUGGCUAAAGAGUUGAAGAAUCUUGAUGACUCACCUCCAGAAGGGAUCAAAGUUAGUGUUAAUGAUGAUGACUUCACCACUAUUUUUGCUGAUAUUGAGGGUCCGGCUGGAACUCCAUACGAGAAUGGAUUAUUCAGGAUGAAACUAUUACUAUCUCGUGACUUCCCUCAUUCUCCUCCAAAAGGAUUCUUUUUGACCAAAAUUUUCCAUCCAAACAUAGCGACUGGUGGUGAGAUAUGUGUGAAUACACUGAAGAAGGAUUGGAAUCCUGGUCUUGGAUUAAGACAUGUUCUGCUGGUAGUGAGAUGCCUUCUGAUCGAACCAUUUCCUGAAUCUGCCCUCAAUGAACAAGCUGGAAAGAUGUUACUUGAAAACUACGAGGAGUACGCACGGCAUGCAAGGCUAUACACUGGCAUCCACGCAAUUAAACCCAAGAACAAAUCGAAGAGUGGAGUUAUUUCUGAGUCAACCACAGCUCUAAAUGUGGGCCAGUCCAAUACUGUUCUCGGUGAGAACACACCUUUGGCUUCAGCAGCGAUAUCUACGUCUGCUGCAGCCAAAGCAUUAGGUAAAAACUCACUGGAUCAGAAUGCUGCUACGUCUGAUCCUGUUGUAGGAGCAUCCGCCGCGCCCAAGAAGGACGCGCCACAUGCUGUCAAAGUUCCAGUUGAUAAGAAGAAGAUGGAUGCAAGGAAGAAGAGCUUGAAGAGAUUGUAAUUGUAACCGAAUAAUCCAGGGAGGCGAUGGGGAGCGCUUAGCGGUAGAUAAGUUAAUGAUGGCUUCAUUUGUUUCUAGAUUCAGCAGAUGCCCGGGUGGAACUGAGUGUAAAAUAGCGCCAGAAGCAUCUCAUGGGCUGUACUCUGUUUGAACAAUCUGUCCGUGCAAUCACAAUCAUUUAUUCAUUUGUUUGGAAGAAUACUUGCCUUUUUC